AUGCUGCCUAAGUUCAACCCCAAUGAGAUCAAAGUCAUGUUCCUGAGGUGCACCAGUGGCGAAGUUGGUGCCACAUCUGCCCUGACCACUAAGAUCGACCCUGGGUUUGUCUCCAAAAAAGUGGUACCUUCUGCCUCUGCCCUCAUCAUCGAAGCCCUCAAGGAAUCACUGAGAGACAGAAAGAAACAGAAAAGCAUUAAACACAACAGGAAUAUCACUUUUGAUGAGAUUGUCAACAUUGCCAGACAGAUGAGACAUCAAUCCUUAGCCAGAGAACUCUCUGGAACCGUUAAAAAGAUCCUGGGAACUGUCCAGUUCGUGGGCUGCAAUGUUGAUGGCCGCCACCCUCAUGACAUCAUAGAUGACAUCAUCAGUGGUGCCGUGGAAAGCCCAGCUAGUUAAAAA